GAAGCAGUUUUCAGCUCUAUAAACGGAGUGUUUGCUGAAUAUAUCCCCAUGACGAGUGGUACACUGGCAGACAUUAUGUGCAAGUUUUUUUUAUCUUACAAUGUUCCUGCUAUGGCAAGCAUCGUAUCUAUACUAACACUGACUGUACUUGCUGUGGAGAGAUACCACGCUGUUGUCAAGCCGACGAAAAGGUGGAUGAGACUGAAAGAAAACACCAUCAAGUAUGCUUUCUGUGCAAUUUGGCUGACUGGGAUUCUCUGUACACUACCUAUGUACAUUAACGGCUACUAUAAGGAGACAUCAAAGUCGUGUCGACAAUAUUUAUACUGGAAUCGCUUGGACUACCUUAUCUAUCAAGUCUCAAUCCUUAGUUCCGUCGUCUUCGUUUCCUUUGCUGUGAUAGUGGUAUGCUACUUUCAUAUCGUUAGAGAUUUAUAUUUUGGAAAGAAAGACGUUAAUUUUGGAGAGCAUUCAGCAGCAGAAAGACUUCGUAAUCAACGCAAGCGUCAUGUAGUCAAACUUUCUCUCUCAGUCACUUUGGUUUUUGUUGUAUUUCUUCUUCCUUUUGGAGUUUUGGCGAUUAUGAAGUUCUUUAAUGAACGAGCCUACCGAAGCUACUACAAAAUAGCCGCCAUUUUGUUUUUCUCAGAGGCUGGUAUCAACCCUUUUUUGUAUGCUUUUCAAAGUACAAAAUUUCGACAGGCGUUCAAACAGAUAUUGAAAGGUUCUUAACUUUAACUUGUAACGACGAUCUAUAGGUCUUCAUUAUUAAAGCCAAGUUUUCAUUUAUCCAAAAAAUCAGCUCCUAAUUAAUUGCGAGUGCUUUAGUCAUGAUCGUCUGUCUCGAUAGACCUAGUAAUCUCUCCCUGCGCAAUUGGCGUAACCAAUAUUAAGCUCAUUUUUUCAUUGAUUCAGACUACAUUUUCGAUAUACUUUCGAAACAAAGGAAUCUUCAUGGAAAUACGAUGGACAAGAUUAUGGUAAUUGAAUCUUGACAAUUUUGAGACACUAACUGUGGUGUUCCUCAAGGGACUUUGUUUGUGUCCUCGUUUUGU